AUCGCGAGGACUCAGGCUUGAGAGAUCUUUUAUUUCUUGCAUUGCCUGCAAAUUUUUAGCUUCUUCUCUUUCCCUUGAGUUUCGGGCCGGAAUCAGCUGGCUUUCCCCAGUAUUUCCCCCCGCCCCAUGUCAUUGCCCCCGUGGCUUCGCUUUCGCAAGCAAAGACUGGCUUUUUCUACAGUGCUGGGGUUCUCUUCUCUUUUUUUUUCUUUGGUCUCUUCUUUGUCUGGCCGGGCCGACUUGAGAUUCCUUGGCUGUUUUAACUUUUAAAGAGUGUGUUGUGCGCGACUGGCACAUCUUUCCGCGUUGUUCCUAUUAUCCUCUCCUCCCCUUCGUCUCUCUUGCUUGUGGAAGUGGCAAAACGAAAGAUCUACGCCAUUUGCUCAUUGGGUGUCUGUGUGCUUGGAUGUCUGUGCGCUUGCUCUGUUCAUCUCCUCUUUGGUGGCUCUGAAAGAUGUUUUUCCAUCGCUUCUUCACAGUUGUGGAGCUUUCCUUCCAGGCAUUGAGGUAACGGCUCCAGUCAAAAACAGAUCCCGGGGACUUGGGUCGUCGUUUCUCCCAGUGAAUGGGAGAUUUUUUUCCGGUGUCGCCGAAUAAGAUGGGUUUGGAGGCCAGAGCAGUGGUGAUUCCGGGUGGUAGCAGCGGCGGCAGUAGCAGUAGCAGUAGCAGUAGCAAUAGCAAUAGCAGCGGUGCUUCUCCGACUUCUCAGCACCAGUGGGGGGAGAGUAAUUGUUUUGGGGGAUGUUCUACUCCUCCGGGCCUGUUGUCGGACUACUCGUUUGCCGAGACCGAGAGCAGCGAGGAUGACGACUUCGUGGCGGGGCUGGCUGAGCAAAUGGCUCAUUCCAUGCUCGAUGAUAGUGACGAAACUAGUGAGGUAGAUAACGUAGAUAGAGUUGGUUUGUGGGGCGAAAGUAGCUGGAAUCCGGUGCCGCACCAGCCGAUGGGAUCUCCAACGGAGUUCCGAAAGUGGUCUGCCGGGUGCUGGAGUUCUGGAUACGCCAUCAACAGUAGCUCCAGCUCCAAGGUUUCAUCUCAAGUCUCCUCCCCUCCUUCAACUCCUGGAGGAGCUGCUGUUGAUGACGGGUGGGAUUCGGCUAUAGGGGCCGACAUGAGCAGCAACAGGUUUCAGCAAGUCGAGGAGUUUGUUUCUCCUCGUGGAAGUCAUUUGCCCGAGGUCCGGUAUGGCGCUGCCGGGAAUGGGAAUGACUCCUCCUUGUGCGUCCUUGCCAAGCCUUAUGCCGCUGCUGUGCAGAGAGGGUGGACGCAGAAAGAAGAGGAUAGAAGUCCUCUCACUCAGUGUCGAGGCUCCAAGCAGGCCGCACCAGUCUGGAAUCGGCAUAACAGGGCCCAGCCGCAAGCUCCGCCUGCGGCCCCUCGCUCUACAUAUCGGUGUGGAGUAACUCCACGUCCGGUGGGGCAUUGGCCGACACUGCCCCCAGCAAAUGGUUCUGUCAUGCGUGCCGUGUUUCUGGGAGGAACAGCAGACAGGUCCUCCACCGGAACUGGAGUCUUCCUUCCUCGUAGCAGCAAUGACUACGCCAAACGCAAAUCAUCCUGCUCGAGCGUACUUCUGCCGUCGCGGAUUGUCCAAGUACUGAAUCUAAAUAUCGAUGACAUGCGAUGUUAUCCGUCAGUGCAGCCUGGGACCUCUCCUCCUGGAAGCGGUCCUACACUUCCCACUGGAAGUGUUGAUGCUGCCAACUUAAGCUACCCCGCGGACGAAGAGUGGCCGCCAUCGAGCAGCCAAUGGAAAACUUACACCGCGUCGUGCUCCCAUCUCCACCAGGCCUCGGAGUCGACGCUUCCCACCGAGUGGAGCUACUAACUUCCAUUCUAUAGAGAAGACUGGAAAGAGGAGUUCUUUAACAGAUCAAACGAGGACGAAGAAGCGAGAAAGAAUAAGCAACGAUUGCUCUAGAGGUAACUGCUGUACAGUCAAGUCUCAUGACCAAGUUGAUCCGGCCAGCGUAGUAUCAUCAUAAAACAAAAAAAAUAUAAGCAAGCGUUUGGGUAGAGCUUGCUUACCGGGAAGAUAUUUGCAGUGAUUUUUCCUUUGGGAUUUGAAUAAAAGAAAGGAGUGGGUUUUAGAAAGCA